AUGAUGGCAUCCCGCUGUCUGCAUCCUCCCUUCAGAACGAGUAGCGUAUCCGUUGCUGACUUGUGCCUUCGUCGUCAUUCCGUCGGUCUUCGUCCUCUGUUGUUGUGUUCCUACCCCCACCCCGGGCUGGCAAGUGGCGCUGAGCAGGUUCUGGUCGCUGAGUUUUUGCAGUCUGCCUCAGUUCCUUCAACAACCUGUGCGGCCCUUGGUAGCCCGGUCGACGACCGAACCGGCAUAUUUUUCAUUGGGGUUCAUAUCAUGAGCGUUUCUUCUUUUUCUACGACUUUCGCAGACCUGCAUUCCGUCGACUCUUUGACAGAGAUAAGACAGAAUACCGUUUCGAAUCUGAAGGCAUCCGGCUUAAAACCGCUUUAUCUUGAUGUGCAGGCAACAACUCCAAUGGAUCCACGUGUGUUGGAUGCAAUGCUGCCUUUUUCGAUCCAUCAGUACGGAAACCCUCAUAGUCGGACCCACGCCUACGGCUGGGAAACUGAAGCAGCGGUAGAAAAUGCCCGAAAGGAAAUUGCGGAUUUGAUUGGAGCUGACCCCCGAGAGAUCAUUUUCACUAGCGGUGCUACCGAAUCGAACAAUUUGGCGGUGAAGGGUGUCGCCCACUUUAACCGUGACAAAAAAAAUCACAUCGUGACCAGCCAAAUCGAGCACAAAUGCGUGCUGGACUCUUGCCGGUUUCUGGAAGCUGAAGGAUUCCAGGUGACCUAUUUGCCGGUACAGUCUAACGGCGUAAUCGACCUGAAGGUAUUUGAAAAGUCCUUAACCGACCAGACUUCACUGGUGUCCAUAAUGACAGUCAACAACGAAAUUGGUGUUAGGCAGCCUAUUACGGAAAUAGGAAGCAUAUGCAGAGCAAGGAAAAUAAAUUUCCAUACGGAUGCCGCUCAGGCUGUGGGCAAAAUUCCAAUUGAUGUUUCGAAACAGCAAAUCGACUUAAUGUCUAUUAGCGGCCAUAAAAUUUACGGACCGAAAGGAAUCGGGGCUUUGUACGUUCGCAGGAGGCCACGUGUUCGAUUAGAAGCACAAAUGUCUGGCGGUGGACAGGAAAGAGGUCUUCGCUCAGGAACUUUACCAGCACCGUUGGUUGUUGGAUUAGGCGUUGCUUGCAAAUUAUGUCGCGAGGAAAUGAUGUUUGACAUGCAACACGUCAAGAGAUUAUCCGACCGUCUCGUAAACAAAAUUACAAGUUCUGUUCCUCAGGUUAUUCGUAAUGGUGAUCCGCUAAUGUCGUAUCCUGGUUGUGUCAACCUUUCGUUCUACUGCGUCGAAGGCGAAAGUCUCUUGAUGGCUUUGAAGAAUGUUGCCCUUUCUUCUGGAAGUGCUUGCACUUCUGCUUCACUGGAGCCCUCUUACGUUUUACGAGCUUUGGGUGCCGGGGACGAUCUUGCACAUUCUUCGAUUCGAUUUGGCAUUGGACGUUUCACUACUGAAGCAGAAGUCGACUAUACUGUGGAAAGGUGUGCAGAAGAAGUUGAAAGAUUACGAGAUAUGAGGUAUUUUGGCAUUUACUUUUACUCUUAUUCUCGUUCAGUAGUUCGUUCAUUUUUGCUGUUUUUUGGGAUAAAUAAUCAUAGGUUCUUCAUAUAUUUUUUCAGGUAUUCUUCGUCUAGACGGAUUUAG